AUGAUUGAUGCUGUGGCCAAAGGCUGCGCCAGCGACUCGGCGACCCGCUCCGAGGGCGAGGGUCGGCUUAGGGAUUCGAAACCCGACAGCCACGCGGGCGUUCGAGAGGACACUGGGGAGCCGCGUUCGCAGGGGGGCGGGGAGCUGCGGCCGCAGAAGCGGGGGAAGAGGGUGAGGGGAGAGCGGCGGGCUAGUCCGAGCCAGGGCAGGGCUCAGGGAUGCGCCGACCGUAAUAUCGGGAGCGGGCGGGGGCGCUCCGGCAAUCUGGGGGCUUUGAGGCCGCGUCUGGAUCAGGCCGUGUCGUUGUCAGAUACCUGGUGCGUCACCAACCUCCUUUCGUCCUUGUCCGAUUCAAACGAACGGCCCUCUAAACUGGCCUGUGGUCGUGAUCACCAGCCCUCGGGGGUCGCAGCCCACCCGUGCUCCUGUGUCUUUAGGAAUCUUGUUUGGAGCCCAGAGUCCUACAACUCGGGGCGGGCUGCUCAAACUCAGCAUUUUAAUGAAAAAUUUCAGAUGAAGACCAGGGGAUUCGGAAAGCCUAUGGAGGAAUCAGAUAUGAGAGAGAAAGAGAGAGAGGAACUUGACGAAUGUAACACAGCCACAAAACCCGACACGGAGACGCCCCCAAAUAUUCAGUGGGCGGGCCCAGGAAAUGCUCAACACCGGAAGUCACGUGGCGCCGUUCGCCUUGAAUCCCUCAAGUCGGCAGUCGACUAUUCAGCCUUGCAGGCUCCUCUGGCGGGCUCCGCUGUGAUCCAGCCUUUCGGUGCUCGACUCGCCCGUGCUGCUGCCGCCGCUGAAGGAGGGGCAAAGCUCAAGAUGGCGGACAAAACGCCAGGCGGCUCUCAGAAGGCCAGUUCAAAGACCAGAUCAUCAGAUGUUCAUUCAUCUGGAUCUUCAGAUGCCCAUAUGGAUGCAUCUGGACCCUCAGAUAGUGAUAUGCCAAGUCGGACUCGACCUAAGAGCCCAAGAAAACAUAAUUAUAGGAAUGAGAGUGCCCGUGAAAAUGUUUCUGAUUCUCCUCAUCAGAAUCUUUCAAGGCCUCUUCUAGAAAACAAACUUAAAGCUUUCAGUAUUGGAAAAAUGAGUACAGCUAAGCGAACUUUGAGUAAGAAGGAGCAAGAAGAAUUAAAGAAGAAGGAGGAUGAAAAGGCAGCUGCUGAGAUUUAUGAGGAAUUUCUUGCUGCUUUUGAAGGAAGUGAUGGUAAUAAAGUGAAAACGUUUGUGCGUGGAGGUGUUGUUAAUGCAGCAAAAGAAGAACAUGAAACAGAUGAAAAAAGAGGUAAAAUCUAUAAGCCAUCUUCAAGAUUUGCGGAUCAAAAAAAUCCCCCAAAUCAGUCAUCCAACGAAAGACCACCAUCUCUUCUUGUGAUAGAAACCAAAAAACCUCCACUGAAGAAAGGGGAGAAAGAAAAGAAAAAAAGCAAUUUGGAACUCUUCAAAGAAGAAUUGAAACAAAUUCAAGAAGAGCGUGAUGAGAGACAUAAAACAAAAGGCAGGUUAAGUCGGUUUGAACCUCCACAGUCAGAUUCUGAUGGUCAGCGUCGUUCUAUGGACGCGCCUUCAAGAAGAAAUCGAUCAUCUGGUGUUCUUGAUGAUUAUGCACCUGGCUCACAUGAUGUAGGCGAUCCAAGCACUACUAAUUUAUACCUUGGAAACAUUAAUCCACAGAUGAAUGAAGAAAUGUUGUGCCAAGAAUUUGGAAGAUUUGGACCAUUAGCCAGUGUGAAAAUUAUGUGGCCUAGAACUGAUGAAGAAAGGGCAAGAGAGAGAAAUUGUGGCUUUGUGGCCUUUAUGAACAGAAGAGAUGCUGAAAGAGCUUUAAAAAAUUUAAAUGGAAAGAUGAUUAUGUCUUUUGAAAUGAAGUUAGGUUGGGGUAAAGCUGUGCCUAUUCCUCCACAUCCAAUAUACAUUCCGCCUUCCAUGAUGGAACAUACGCUUCCCCCACCUCCAUCAGGACUGCCUUUUAAUGCGCAGCCUAGAGAGCGAUUAAAAAACCCCAAUGCUCCCAUGUUACCACCACCUAAAAACAAGGAGGAUUUUGAGAAGACUCUGUCGCAAGCCAUAGUCAAAGUGGUUAUCCCAACAGAAAGGAAUUUGCUCGCCCUGAUACAUCGAAUGAUAGAGUUUGUUGUACGUGAAGGGCCAAUGUUUGAAGCUAUGAUUAUGAACAGAGAGAUCAACAAUCCUAUGUUCAGAUUCUUGUUUGAAAACCAGACACCAGCCCAUGUUUACUAUAGGUGGAAGCUUUAUUCUAUUCUCCAGGGAGAUUCACCAACUAAGUGGAGGACGGAAGAUUUUCGUAUGUUCAAAAAUGGAUCUUUUUGGAGGCCACCACCAUUAAAUCCAUAUCUGCAUGGAAUGUCAGAAGAGCAGGAAACAGAAGCUUUUGUAGAGGAGCCAAGUAAAAAGGGAGCACUUAAGGAAGAACAGAGAGACAAAUUAGAAGAAAUUCUGCGGGGGCUAACUCCAAGGAAAAAUGAUAUUGGAGAUGCAAUGGUUUUCUGUCUUAAUAAUGCUGAAGCUGCUGAAGAAAUAGUGGAUUGCAUUACUGAGUCCUUGUCCAUCUUAAAGACACCCCUUCCCAAAAAGAUUGCCAGAUUAUAUUUGGUUUCUGAUGUUUUAUACAACUCUUCAGCCAAAGUUGCCAAUGCUUCCUAUUAUAGAAAAUUUUUUGAAACAAAGUUGUGUCAGAUAUUUUCAGACCUCAAUGCUACCUAUCGUACAAUUCAAGGCCAUUUACAGUCUGAAAACUUUAAGCAACGGGUAAUGACCUGCUUUAGAGCGUGGGAAGAUUGGGCAAUUUAUCCAGAACCAUUUUUGAUCAAACUACAAAAUAUUUUCUUAGGACUUGUAAAUAUUAUUGAAGAAAAGGAAGCAGAGGAUGUACCAGAUGACCUUGAUGGUGCCCCCAUUGAGGAAGAGCUGGAUGGUGCCCCUCUAGAAGAUGUGGAUGGAAUUCCUAUUGAUGCUACUCCUAUUGAUGACCUUGAUGGAGUCCCUAUAAAGAGCCUUGAUGAUGAUCUUGAUGGAGUGCCUUUGGAUGCAACUGAAGAUUCAAAGAAGAAUGAGCCUAUAUUUAAAGUUGCCCCGUCAAAAUGGGAAGCUGUAGAUGAAUCUGAAUUGGAAGCACAGGCUGUAACAACUUCUAAAUGGGAGUUAUUUGACCAGCAUGAAGAAUCAGAAGAAGAAGAAAAUCAAAAUCAAGAAGAAGAAAGUGAAGAUGAAGAAGAUACUCAGAGUUCCAAAUCUGAAGAACAUCAUUUGUACUCUAAUCCAAUCAAAGAGGAAAUGACUGAGUCCAAGUUCUCUAAGUACUCUGAAAUGAGUGAGGAGAAACGAGCUAAACUCCGUGAAAUCGAGCUCAAAGUUAUGAAGUUUCAAGAUGAAUUGGAAUCUGGAAAAAGACCUAAAAAAGCAGGCCAGAGCUUUCAGGAACAAGUAGAACACUACAGAGAUAAACUUCUUCAGCGAGAGAAAGAGAAGGAAUUAGAAAGAGAGCGAGAAAGAGAUAAGAAGGAUAAAGAAAAACUGGAAUCUCGAUCCAAAGACAAGAAGGAGAAAGAUGAAUGUACUCCAACAAGGAAAGAAAGGAAAAGGCGACACAGUACGUCCCCUAGCCCAUCUCGCAGUAGCAGUGGUAGACGAGUGAAAUCCCCAUCACCAAAAUCGGAGCGAUCAGAGCGUUCAGAAAGAUCUCAUAAAGAGAGCUCACGGUCCAGGUCAUCUCACAAAGAUUCUCCUAGAGAUGUUAGCAAAAAGGCCAAAAGAUCUCCAUCUGGUUCAAGGACACCUAAAAGAUCUAGGCGAUCACGGUCUAGAUCCCCUAAAAAAUCAGGGAAGAAAUCCAGAUCCCAGUCCCGAUCUCCACACAGGUCUCAUAAAAAGUCAAAGAAAAACAAACACUGACAUAAAUUUUUAAGAUGCUGUCACUUAUUGGAAAUGCGAUUUUGUUUUGUGCCUGAACGGUCUGUUUUUUUAAAAAAACAAAAAACAAAAAAUCUAAUGAAAGAGCAUUCCUGGGGUUUUUAUUUGUUUGUGAAUGCAUGUGUAAACUCAUAAGUAACUGCAUCUGUAGACCUGUUGUUGUUUUAUAUUGUAUAAAUUACUUUUGUUGUGGCUGUUUCUCAAGAUGAAAUUUUUAUUGUGCUAAUGAAUUUCAUCAGAAAUGUGUAUAAUGGAUCUGCUGGCAGUAGUAGUAUUUUGUUUAGGAUGUUGUGACUUAGAAAAAAUAAUACAGAUGUCUUCCCCCCUUUUGU